AUGGCCGCAAAAAUUAAACAAAUUAAGCGUUUGUCUACCACCGUUACUAAUGGAAAUUCUAAUCGAAGGUUUCAUAUCAGAAGAUAUUGCGUAGUAUUUCGUCGUUCCACGCAGCCUUAUUCUACAUAUACUUGUCGAAAAUGCGAACAAAAUGAUCAAUUUAUUAAUUCUUUAAGUGAUAGAAUUAAUAAUAUAGAAAACUUGGUUAAACAUCUUAGUAUGACCAUUAAAGCUUCAAAUAUGUGCAUCAAUAAAAAUGGUUCAGAAUCUUUGAAUUCUGACAUCGAUAAUUUUUCAAAGAUGGAAACUGAUCAGUUAAUUAAGUUUUCUACACAAUUGGGAAUUCGGUUGUUUGGGAAUGAAACAAAGGAAAAGAACAUUAAUAAUAACGAAUUACCGACCAAUCCUGAAGAUGACAAGAAAGAGCAACAGUCUUGA